AACAACAACAACAACAGACACGAUGGCGGCGACAGACGGAGACAGAAACCACGAGCCCGGGAAACUGCAGUUCUCUCUGGACGUCCCCUUCCCGUCGUCCCGUGAGGCCGUCGCCGCUCUGCGCUCGCUGUCUCCGGACCGCGAGCCGAGGAGAGGCGGCGGCAUCAGCAAGCAGCUGACGGUGACCGGCAGCACGCUGUCCGCGAGGUGGAGCGCAGACGAGGCUCGGAUCCUGCGGGUGUCGGUCAGCUCGUUUCUGGAUCACCUGUCGCUCGUCAUGGAGACGAUGGAGGCGUUUGGUCCCCCGGUGUCCCAGUGAGGACGGACACGAGCUUCAGGACGGUCUUCAGUGUCCUGUCCUCUUCGGGACGUUUCAGCCUCAGAAAAAUAAAACAGAAAAAACGGACUCAAAGUGUGACUGGAAAGUCUGAGCAGCUUCAGCUGUGAGCUGAAGUGUUUUUGGGGCGUUUUGAUGUUUAACAAAGGGUUAAACAAACGUUUACUGCAG